AUGAACAAUCAGCCUCACAUUUUAGCUUAUGCGCUUCAUGAAACUGAAGGUAUUCCAGAAAGGUUUGCAGAACUCAUCAAGAAACAUUUCAACAUCAGGUACUAUGAAGAAUUUCUGAAAAAUGAAAAAGAACUUGCUGAGAAAAUCCAGUUUAUUUUUGGUUGGAAACACUAUUCCAUAAUAGAUGAAAAGCUUCUGAAAUCUCUACCUCAUUUGAAGGCCAUUACAAAUUAUGGAGUUGGUGUGGACCAUCUCGACUUAUCUCUGAUCAACAGUUUUGGGGUGAAGGUGGCCAACACUCCUCAUGUGGUGGACAAUGCUACUGCUGAAAUGGGCAUGGCUUUAAUGUUGGCAUCUGCCAGGAAUCUAUUGGAAGGUCAGAAGAUUUCAACUUCCCCAGACACUAAUGUACCCUUUGAGUUAGUAGGAGUCGAAAUGACUGCAGACACUCUUUGGAUCAUUGGAAUGGGAUGGAUACGAUACAAAGUCGCUCAAACAGCCAAAGGAUUUGAGAUGAAAAUUCUGAAUCACGACAGGAACAGGAGAUAG